AGCACAUUUGAAACUAGCUCAAGAAUUGUUAAGAGUUUUGUAGUUUAAUUGGAAUUUUCUCUUGCAUAAAGUGCAUAGGGUUAAGAAUCUAUGGCUUUCAAAGCGUUUUUUGUGUUUUAUAUCUCAUUACAUUUUGCUUCAUUCCAUAAUGAUGCCAUUGUAAAAGGGAAUAAUCUCAAUCUUUUGAUUUCAGAAAGGAAGCAAGAAACACCACUAAAACGAGUUUUGACUGAGCAUGGAGACACCUAUGAUUGCAUCAAUGUAUAUGAGCAACCUAGUUUGAAACAUCCUUUACUUAGGAAUCAUAGAAUUCAGAUGAGACCCAGCCAUAAAAUAAGAAAAAUGAUAGCUAAAAUGAAACACAAGAAGCUGCCGCCUGGUGUCCAACAUGCAAAGAUAAAGUUAGAUGAAGCGUGCCCAAAAGGGACUAUCCCUGUUCUGAGAGUCGUAGACAAAGAUCUAUCAAAGAAUGUAUCAAAUUUAUAUAAGCCUCAAUCAAAUGAAGGGAAUCAGAAUUUAGAAUUUGCAGGGAUAUUUACACAAACAACCCCAGACAAAAAAUAUCAAUCAAAUUUGGCAACAAUUAGUGUAUAUAAUCCACAAGUUGGACCUCACCAAUAUAGUUCAGCUGCGAUCUCAGUUGAAGCAGGAAAUGGAGCUGACUUCAAUCAAAUACAAAUUGGGUGGACUGUGUACCCAGACUUAUUCAAUGGCGAUACACGCACCCAUUGGUAUUUUAAAAUGAUUAAUAACGGCAAUUUGUCAGGAUGUUAUAAUCUCAAUUGCUUGGGCUUCGUACAAACUAAUACCCAAGUUGCAAUUGGCACUGCUAUGGAUAAAGUCUCUAAAUACAGUACUGAAGACCAAGUUGUUUUCCGUUUCAGCAUUAUUCGUCAAGAAGGAACUGAAGUAAGAAAUGCUUCAUGGUGGCUGCUUGUUUAUAAUGAUGAUAAUGAUUAUGAUUCGAUUGGGUAUUUUCCUGCCACACAAUUUAACGAGUUAGCUGGAGGAGCAGACAAAUUGCAAUGGGGAGGCUAUGUUCUCAGUAGUAGAGAUGAUAAUACCAGCCCUCCUAUGGGCAGUGGACAUUUUGAUAAUGGCGUAUAUCAACGUACCUGUUUCAUGAGUCAAGUUGAACUUGUAGAUCACAAUUUUGACUUAGUUGAUUCACCAACUGGUGUUCAAACUGCCAUGUCCCGUUGUUACCUUGAAGGAGAUGAGUCAUACAAAAACGACGGCAAAACGGGCUAUAGCUUUUGUUUUGGCGGAACCGGUGGCUCCGAGUCAGACUGUGAACAGUGACGACUCCAGGAAUAAUUUCAGGGUGUUCCUGGGUGGGCUUACUCUGUUACAAUUUUUUUUUCUUUAGAUUCUCUAUUACAAUUUUUUCUUUUUUAGAUUUUAGUUCAAUUUUUUUUUUUAGCUUUUUCUUUUUGCUUGAAAGCAAUGUUUUGAAUACUGUUUUGGACAUUGUUUCGAUUUGUUUAAUGGAACGGAAUAUUUCGGUACUGAUCUAUUUCGACGUACCAUUUCAGGGUAUUUCGGGGUUUCUAAAAAAAAUUAAAAAUAAUAUAUAUUUAUAUUUAUAUUUUCUUA